AUGUCUAUUCAUAAAGUUAUUGUUUUCGAUUCAAAACUAUACGAUGAAAAAACGUUCAAAUUAGCUUUAAAAUCUUUAGGUGGCCAAGAUAAACUUCGUUUUACUUUUCUUGAGAGUAAAUUAACUGAAGAAACAGUCGAUGAAGUUCAAGGUUAUGAUGGUAUCUGUGUUUUUGUCAACGAUGUUGUUAGUGCAAAUGUUAUAGAAGAAAUACAGAAGAAAUCCAAUACACUGAAAAUCAUUGCUUUACGAAGUGCAGGAUUUAAUCAUGUUAGUUUAGAAACAGCUGAAAAAUAUAAUUUAAAAGUUUGUCGUGUACCACGAUAUUCGCCGUAUGCUGUUGCUGAACAUUCAGUUGCUCUUUUAUUAUCGCUCAAUCGUAAUAUGCAUCAUGCUUUCUUUCGAACAAAACAACAUAAUUUUAGUUUGGAUGGUCUCGUUGGUGUCGAUCUUUUUGGUAAAACUGUCGGCAUUAUUGGAACAGGUGGUAUAGGUAUGUGCGCAAUCAAUAUAUUUUUGGGUUUUGGUUGUAAGGUUUUAGCUUAUGAUGUUUUUCCAAAUGAAAAAGCAGCGAAAGAAAAAGGUUAUAUAUAUACAACUAUGGAUGAAUUACUUCGUGAAAGUGAUGUUGUUUCAAUCUAUGCACCACUUCUUGAUUCAACUUAUCAUUUAAUUAAUAAAGAAGCUUUGGAAAAAAUGAAACCACACGCCAUGUUAAUUAAUACAAGCCGUGGUGGUUUAGUUGAUGCAAAAGCUCUUGUUGACUGUCUUAAGUCAGGAAAAUUACGAGGAGCUGCACUUGAUGUAUACGAAAAUGAAAAAGAAUAUUUUUUUAAUGAUUACAGUCAACAGGUUAUGGAAGAUGAUACAUUGGCACGUCUAAUUUCAAUGCCAAAUACAAUUGUUACAUCACAUCAAGCUUUUCUUACAGAAGAAGCUUUAAAAAAUAUAGCUGAAACAACCAUACAAAAUUUACUUGACUUCUUCGAUGGCAAACCGCUCAAUGAAAAUAACGAAGUCAAAGCACCACCAAAAGUUGCACCGAAAUAA